AUGAAUGCAACUCUGAUUGAUAUACCAAGCCCCUCAGGCGUGGCCACACGACUGUCAGAAGGGAAUCUAAUUGUGAUUACCUGGGUUGGUGCUGGGCUCGGGGCACUCUUCACGUUGCUUCGUGUGGCCAUUCGUCUCACGCGGAUGAGACGUCUUCUGCCAGACGAUUAUUUUAUCCUUCUAGCUUUUUCAUUUCUCAUCGCAAACGCCGUUCUUCAGACCAUACAGAUUCCUCAUCUGUAUUAUAUUAUCCUAAACCCCACUGGAAGCGAUAUUGCGCCCCAUGCCCUCAAGUAUGUGCACUACAUGUUUGCUAUUAUUGGGCUCUUCUGGUCCGUCCUCUGGAGUGUCAAGGCUGCCUUUCUGGCACUUUUCUGGGCCAUGACAAACAACCUUCCUCAUUAUCGUCGGUGGUGGUUUGGUAUUGUCAUCUUCACGUUUGCGUCGUAUGCUGGGUGUUGGUUUGCGUCUGCCUUCACUUGCCAUCCUCCGUCAACAUACUUCAAAUUUGAGUCUGACAGCCCAGCUCAAUGUGUGAAACCGAUCGACCAGAAGGGGGCCGAGAUUGCGAUUAUCUACAGCACGGUGGUGGACAUAUUGACUGAUCUUAUGAGUACGCCCAGCGCCCGAUUCGAGCCCCUUUUUCUGAUAAUGACAGUCAUGGGAUUCGCACUCAGCAUCAUCUGGUCAACCAAUAUCAGCCUUCAUCAGAAAGUCGGUCUAGGGACUGUCUUUUCUCUAGGCCUUGUCAUCAUUGCAUUCGCUGUGGUCCGAGCAAUAAACAUUACCGGCCGCAGCUACUCGGACCAGGCAGGGCUGGCAGUGUGGGGGAUUGCCGAGUCAUCCAUCUUCCUUACUGACGAGAAAGCCGUAAUUGUUGGCUGUCUUCCCCCUUUCAAGACUUUCCUCUCUCGAAGCAGCUCCAGCCGCGCCUCUCGAUACCCUCCUAUAUACUAUCGCUACCGCCAGAAACGGUCGGUCACGCAAACAACAAUCUCAAGCGAUAUAGCAUUAAGACCUCUUUCUGAGUCCGUUGAUAGAGUCCCAAAGGGAGAAAUACGCAUAACGCAGGGUUUUGUUGAGGACUGA